AUUAUACUCAAACAGAGAUCAAAGAAGAGAGGCUUUCACAAAUGUCGCACAGAUUUGGCAAAAGAAGACAUUGCUUUUGACAUUUACUGGGUUCAUUCGCGCCUGCGCAACGUCGGCUCUGAUAUGUCUGCAAUACCACCACCGCCACCACCACCACCUCCAGGUGCUGGAGGCGGACCUCCUCCACCACCUCCACCGCCGGGGAAAUUUUCUUAUGAGCAACCUUUGUCAUCCUUACCGCAGAUCAACGUCCCUAAGCCCAAAUCCAAAAUGAAAACUCUACAGUGGCAGAAGAUCCCUGUAAACAACGUCAUUGGUAAGCCCAACAUUUGGACCAUCAUUGGUCACUUGGAGAAGACGUACGAAAUGGACUAUGGAAAAAUGGAUGAGCUGUUUAGCUUAAACCACGACUCCGGAGUCAAAAGAAGUAGCCAGGAUAGCGAGGGAGUCAACGACCAUAAGAAGAAAAGGGAAAACGUGGAGGUGAACAUCCUUGAUGGUAAGAGAAGUCUGAACGUGAACAUCUUCUUGAAACAGUUUCGCAUGGAACAUGAAGAGAUCGUCAGAUUGGUUAGAGAAGGUCGUUGUGAGAAGUUUGGAGCCGAGAGACUCAGAAGCUUGCUCAAGCUGCUCCCUUCCCAAGAAGAGAUUGAUGCCUUCAAUGCAUACAAAGGGGCCAUAGAUAAACUUGGAAAUGCUGAGAGAUUUUUCUUUUGCUUAAUGAAGCUUCCAAACUACAGAAUGAGGAUUGAAGGCCUCUUGAUAAUGGAGGAGUUCAACAUUAAUAUGGAAUGGAUUCGACCUUCUAUUGAGGCUGUUAUACAAGCAGCUAAAGAUAUUCAAGACAGCCAGUCACUGAAGGAACUGAUUUAUCUCAUACUUAUUUCUGGCAACUACCUCAACUCUGGAAACUAUGCAGGUAAUGCUGCGGGUUUCAAGUUGUCUUCCUUGUUGAAGCUGACAGAAAUUAGGGCAAAUAAACCGGGGAUGAACCUCAUGCAUUAUGUUGCUCAGGAAGCAGAAGAGAAAAAUCCUAAACUACUGAAGUUUCCAGAAGAAAUGCCGUUUUUGAAGGAUGCUGCACAAGUAUCAAUUGAGACCCUCACAACAGACAUUAACAACAUCGCUUCCAAGGUCAGGGCCAUCACAGAACAGAUUGUUGUAGCAGGCAUGGACUUUCAGCAGCAGAUGGCAGUUUUUCUCAAGGAGGCCAAUGUGGAGGUUCUUGAGCUGGAAGAUGAUCUCAGUGAUAUAGAGAUAAUCAGGCAGGAACUUGCUACAUUUUUCUGUGAGGACAUCAGAACAUUUCAGCUUGAGGAAUGCUUCAGCAUUCUUAGGACUUUCUGUGAGAGACUCAAGAAAGCUACUGAGGACAAUGCCGAACGUCGUUUACAAGAGGCUAAGACUUUGAGAAGGAGGAAAUCUGAAAUUCGACACAGUCCAA